ACUCUAUAAUCUGUGCUGUCACUGUCAGGUUUUUAUUCGGUGGUUGGGUUGAUGAAACAUUUUCUGUAAUUUUUGAGUAAGAAUGGCUUCGACCUUACUAAAAAAAGCCAUUCUAACAAACCCACAGCACGUAAGAAAGACAGUAGGAAUAUUCUGUAAUGGAGUAAGAAACCAUUGGAACUACCAAUACAAACCGGGCCCAUACCCUAAAACUCCCGAAGAACGUGCCGCUGCUGCCAAAAGAUAUGGUCUGACCGUUGAAGAAUAUCAGCCAUAUCCUGAGGAUAUGGGAUAUGGUGAUUACCCUAAAUUACCUGAUAUUGGUGCAGACUCUAAAGAUCCACACUAUCCAUAUGAUAGUCCGGAAUUGAAGAGGAAUUUCAAUGAACCUCUUCAUGCAUCAGCUGAAAUUUUUGGAGAAGAUCGUUAUGACCCUAAUAUGAGACCUCGUUUUUCACUUGCCCGUCAGUGGACUUGGUUUUUAGGAACUGUUGGUGGUUCUAUGGCACUGUAUUUCUAUCUGGAAAAUUUUAAAAUGGGUAGACCCGUAAUUGCUAAACAGUACCCAGGUGAAGGGCCUCACUACUUGUUUCCUGCUAAUUAAAUCUUCUGGAAAUUUAUUUAAAAUGAUUUAUAGUUAAUUUAGUUCACAUUGAAAGAUUAAACGAAAUUGUUGUAUUUCA